AUGGCAACUUAUACCGGGCCCACGCACCCGAGCGGGCAUUCGAAGCAGUUUGUGCUAUGUUUUGAUGGAACCGGGAACAAGUUUGCCGGCGAUGAGUCUGAUAGCAAUGUGCUCAAGAUCUUUCGAAUGUUAGAUCGCAGCCAAAGUCACCAAUAUCAUUAUUACCAACCCGGCAUCGGCACAUACAACACCACCGCGACGCUUACCAGCCAUGGUCGCAUUCAACGAAUCAAGUCAUGGUAUCAGAAAUCAAAGGACUCGGCCGUCGGCUCUUCGUUCGACCAGCAUGUCAUGGGCGGCUACAAAUUCUUGAUGCGAUAUUACUCCCCCGGUGAUGAAAUCUUUUUCAUCGGCUUCAGUCGCGGCGCAUACAUUGCGCGAUUCUUGGCCGAAAUGCUCGACUAUAUCGGCCUCCUCGAGGCGGGUAAUGAGGAACUCAUUCGGUUUGCCUGGAAGACUUUUGCCAAAUGGCAGCAGCGCGCAGGUGACACUUUCCGUGAAACUUUCAGCCGUCCGAUCGCGCGCAUCCGCUUCAUGGGACUCUUCGACACAGUCAACAGUGUACCGCGCUUCGAGAAUGCGUGGAUGCAACGCAGCAAAUUUCCGUAUACCGCCCGCAGCUCUGCGAGGAUCAUCCGCCACGCAGUGGGAAUCGACGAGCGAAGAGCCAAAUUCCGACAAGAUCUGAUUUCGGGGCAACGACCGCCUGCGAAAGGGCAUCACAAGCACAGGCAUCAUUUGGACCCGCACAGAAUCAACCAACACAUUGCGGCCCGAUACGCCGAUGUCAGUCAGCAUUUACAUGGCCAGACCCAGACUGCACCAGAGACCAGUGCCGAGCCGGCAGUCCCUGCCAUCACACUUAAUGACCAGGCGGAGCUGGGCCCGAGCGACGAGGCGGUUCCCAACACCUCAGCAUCAGCUACAUCCCACACUGCGGGCUGGGGUCCGUCUGCCGGUGAAUCUUGGUACCAUGCACCGCCGUCUCGCUCCUCGAACCAUGGCAGCGAGGCCAAUGACACAGACGGUGUUGGCCAUCGUUAUCGGGCACCGUCUCCUCGACGGAACAGUCUGACUGUGCCACGGGCAGGGGCCUCGCUUGAUGAACGCCAAUCGAUUUGCAGUGGUCACUCCGCUGACGUGUCGAUUCGCAUCCCCAGCCUUGCCGACGAGGAAGACGAUGAAACGCACCAGGAUAUUCACGAAGUGUGGUUCCCCGGCUGUCAUGCCGAUAUUGGUGGAGGAUGGAAACUGCAGAAGGGUGAACACUGGGCUUUAAGUCACGCCCCUCUGGUCUGGAUGGUCCAGGAGGCUCGCAAGGCAGGUCUUGAGCUCGAUGAGCGCAAGAUGAAGCAAUUCCAGUGCUUGGAAGAAUUUGAUGGUGACUACAGUCCCAUCCGGGAAGACUGGAAACUCUCCGAGCACAGCAACUGUGCCGAUGGCCACGGCGAAGACCCGGAUGCUUUCCGGGCUCAGCCAGAUGAGAAGGGCCGCUCCACUGCCAGUCGCGAUUUCUGGGACGCGCUGCAUACGUCCAGUACCAAGGGCUUACUGCACGAUUGUCUGCGAUUUAACCAAGGCUUGCCGACCCUCUCGGUGCUCUCCUGGCGCAUCAUGGAGUGGCUUCCCUUCCGACGCAUGGACCUCCAGGAAGACGGUACCUGGAAGCCUAUCUCCUGGCCCUUGCCCCGGGGUGAAGUGCGAGACGUGCCUCUGGAUGCCGAGAUUCACGUCUCGGCCAUUCGUCGCAUGCAAGCUGAUCCCAAGUACCGGCCUGGCAACGUCAUCGUGGGCGGUGGUGGACGGGGUGUACGAGUGGCACCCGCAUCCUAUGGCAUGGGAGAGUGGGUGGUGUUCAAGAAUGAAGGGGAUGGGGUUCGGGAGACUUAUGUUCGAAAGAGUGUCUCCAAGCAGUGCAAGGAAGCUCUCGAACAAGAGAGGAAGGAGAAGGGCUCCGCUGGCUGCUAG